AUGGCUAGGAGGAAGUUUCGUAAGACAAGCAGAAGUGGUAGAGAAGAUGAGAAAGACAGGAUCAGUAACUUGCCAGAAGCUGUUCUUCUGCACGUAAUGAACUUCAUGAACGCAAGAGAUGUCGUUCGAACAUGUGUGUUGUCGAAACGAUGGAAGAACCUCUGGAAACAAGUCACCACUCUAUCUUUCUCUUCUUCAGGAAAGAUUCUCUUUUACAACAAAUUUGUGCCUCAAUUUCUGUCUAAUCGAGAUGCUUCCACUUCUCUCAUCGAUCUUGACAUUAGGGCCUACGGUUUCAAGGCGCCAAAACUCAUCACCGGGAUCGUAAAAUAUGCCGCACGCCACAAUGCCAAGCACUUGAAAAUCACCACAGAGUACAAUUUCAGAGCCAUACCCAAUCCUUUUAUUCCUUUGAUUUUUUCUUGUCACUCUCUGACAUCUCUUGUGCUUACUACCUGUACCGGUGUCCUUCCCUUGGAACUUCCAAAAUCCCUGCUUUUACCAACACUAAAAACCUUGCAUCUCACUAAUGUUAGAUUCGCCGCCAUUGAUGAUCACUGCGUUCAACCCUUUUCAGCCUGUAGCGUGUUGAAUACUUUGGGCAUGGAAGGUUACUCCUUUUGCAAUAAUGCAGACACCCUCUGCAUAACUAAUUCUAACCUUUCCAUUUUGAAGAUUAGUAAUUCGGUGGUGUACAACCCCUACCCGCGCACCUUUAAACACAAAAUUAUACUUUCUACUCCCAAUCUUGCUUCGAUCACAAUUGGGGAUAACAUCAUCUUUAGUGAUCAUCAACUCACCUCUACGUCUGGUCUUCCCUUUCUUGAAGAAGUUAAUGUUAAGAUUCUUUCUUCUCCCAUGGAUUAUUCAGUUGUAGCAGGGUGGUUACAAGUGCUCUCCCAUGCAAAAAGAUUGACACUCUCCUUUCGGAUCCUUAAUGAUGUUCCAAAUCUUGUUUCGAUGGAAAUUCAAUCUCCAUGCUUUGUUCGAUUGGAGUCAUUGAAAAUGGUAUUAGUGAAUCAGCACAAAGUAUCCGAGGAAGAAGUGAACAUAAUAGUACGACACUUGCUUCAGAACUCCACAAUCACCACAGUUUCUGUCUGUCAUGAAUUCCAGAAAGCUAGAUCGUUAUCCCGUGCUGCACUGCUCAAAUGAUUAUUAUUACAAAUAACCUAGAUUUUAUUUCCUUAUUUUUCUCUUUCUGAUAAUUUUCGUAUUACAAGGUUA